CCAGACCUUUACGUCUCUCAGCAUCAUUCACAUGUAUUUUAAUCUUUAACAAAAUUAUUGUAUAUUCCAAUUUUAGCAGAUGUUUUACAUAUUUCCCACUUUAAGAAACAUAUAAUAUCCCUAAAAGAUAUAAUUGAAACGGCAAAAUGACUUCCAUCGUUGAGAUACCAAAAGCAAAGGUGGACGAGGCGGUGCCGCCAUGGAUGAAGAUAGACUGGUCGGAUGAGGUUCUUCACGACAUCUACAGGGACUGGGGCACCUACUAUUCACGUCGCCGCCGGGAGAACUUUGCCUUGCACUAUCUCAACAAGGCCCUUGAUCUGGAGCCACGCGAUCACAUGACCCUUUACAAGAGAUGCCAGACCAAGCGCAAGGCUGCCCAGAUGCUUGGAGCCUUGCAGGACAGUCGCGAUGCUGCCAAACUGGCCCGCGAGGCUGAUGGUGAGGAAAAGGCCUUUAUUCAGCUGGACAUCUGCGAUGUCCUCUACGAAUUAAACCAGUUUGAGAACAGCAAGGCGGCAUUGCAUAACAAUAUGCGCGUUUUUACCGGAAACAAGAGAAAGAGCUUUGAACAGCGUGUUGUAGUAAUUGACGGUGUAAUCGAGGAUGUGACUGGCGAGGCUAUGACGGCUUUCUUCUCGAAAAACCAUAAGACAGCCGAAGUUGUAAAUAACUUGAUGAAACAAAAGUUAAAGGUAGACACGAGACCGCUGUGGAAGGUCCUAAAGGAGCUGGGCCAAUGCGAUGUGCAGAGUAUCCAGGAUGUUGAGGAGGAGUUGCUGUCGCCCAUGGAAAUUGCACGCCGGAAGCGGGCCUUUAACAUAUUCCAUCAAUCGUAUAUCAAUGACUCCUGGGUCGAUGUACUCUUUAUGAAGAUGCUUUGCAAGAAUCCUAACCUGUUGCUGCCCCAGUGCAAGGAGUCCUCGUACUUUCUGCACAAUAUCUCCCGAAAACAAUACGAAAUCGUGCGCAAGUUUAUGAAAAUGUUACAAUCGCGUAGUCCUCUUUAUUUAGUCAAUUACUUAAAGUACCGCAAUAAGGCAAUGUCGGACAGGUACAGGGAGUCGUACCUGUAUCGCGUACAAUACCAGACGCAUCGCACCAUGAAUACGGUCCUGAAACAGAUUCGAAUUCUGCGAAAGGCUCAAAAGGUUCAGCUAUUGAGCAAGUACGUAGAGGAGGUAAUGGGCGACUAUGUGGUCUUGAAGACCUCCCGUGUUAUGUGUUGGAAGUUCGAGUUCCUUAACGAGGUCUACAACACCUUGGCCUUGGCCCUGGCCGAGCAGCUACGAGUGCCAAAGAACUUCAAUUCCAAUUCCAGCUCGGCCAUCCUUAGAUUGCUGCGAAUGCCAACCGAUAAGGUCAAGGACUUUGUUUCGUUGGUCUUUGGGGAUCGCUCGACUCAUCCUGAGCCAGAUGCCAAUGAUCCGGCUGCCAACAGGGCCAAAAAGCUCACGGCCAGGCUGGAAAGGCGAAUGGUCUUUGCCAAGUACUCGAUAGAGAAGUGUUACCUCUUGCACCAGCUGGCCCAAACGCACUUGGAUCAGGGUCGCCAUUCAGAAUGUACUUAUAAUGCUCGCCGGGCUAUUAGAGAAAGUCAAAACUGUCAGAGCAAUCUGUGGAAGUUCCUGAGCAUCGUGCAGAUAGUCAAGGCCAAUGCCGUUCUGCAUAAGCUGGAGCAGACCAAGGAGGCCCUGGAGGAUGCCCUGCCCAUUGCUCGCCUUCUCGUAGACUCGAAUCUGGAGUUCUUUAUUGAAACCUGUAUAAUGUGCAACACUCAAGAAGCGAUCACCAAGCGUGCCACCAUUUCGGCAUCUCGCCGCGAGAGCAGGGCUGAGUCUGCGGCCCCAUCAAUGCUCAGUGAGCAGGACUACAAAUAAUAUUUUAUCAGAUUUUAUUUGGUGACUAUUCGAUUUACUUUCGGAAAUUAUAAAACCGCUUUACUCUCUUUA